AUGAAAUUAAUAAUUUUAUUUUCCUUAUUAGCAGCUUGUACAUUAGCUCAAGUUACAAAUAAAAUAUCAUUAUCAAAUGGUUUUGUUCUGAAUUACUCAAUUACUUCUCCUAAAAUUUCUUUCACCCUUACUGGGUCCAACAAAGGAUAUGUAGCUCUUGGAUUUGGAGGUAGAGGAAUGGACGGUAUAGAUGUCGCUGCAUUUAAAUGGGAUGGAACAUAAGUAGUUGGUGAAGAUAGAACUAAUAUUGAUAGCUAAAAUGUGGUAGAUUUAGAUGUAAACAAAGGAUGUGUUAAUAACUUAACUGUAGAUCCAACAUCUACUUAUGACUCAUCCACAGGAAAUUGGAAUAUUAAAUUUAGUAGACCAUUAAACACUAACGAACCCAAUUGUGAUUAAAUUAUAUAAGCAGAGACAUCUUAGAAUUUAGCAUUUGCUAUCUUUAAAGAUUUUACUUGGAAAUAGCAUACAUCUUAAAACUCUUGGAAAUUCACUCUCUCAGCAAGCGCUUAAAACGACCCUAACGUUUCAUCUUUAUUAAUCUAAUACUCUUAUCUAACUUUGUUCUUUAUGUUGAUGAUUUUCGUCUGA